AAUAAAUUUAGCUGUACAUCACUCGCGGCUAUUAGAAUUGAUUAGGUAUCAUUAUUUACUUGGAAUUGUUUGUUUAAUAUACGGAUAAGUGACUGGUAGAAAGUCGCGGUGAGCAAGCACUCAAGAGCCGGUGAACCGGCAAUCAUGAACCGACAACAGCAACAACUCGUAUGUGAACCAGUAAUCAGUCUGUCACCGUUUUUCAGAGGACACACGUUGCAACGCAUUGAGGUUUAGUGUUUGUAAAAUACUUGGUUGUCAUGGCACCGCGCGCAGGUCCCGGCUAUCCCUCCCCACUAGAUGCUAUGAAAAAUGGUCCUAGUGAAACACUGUUGUACUGUAUUUGUGUACAACCAAACGAAGGUGAAGACAAAACUGAUCUUCUUGCAACCGUUGACGUUGAUCCACAGUCACCGACAUACUGUCAGAUAAUUCAUCGAUUGAGAACAUUGCAUCCUAAGGAUGAGUUACAUCAUUCUGGGUGGAAUGUAUGUUCCAGCUGCUACACACCAAAAGAGUGUUGUGACAAUCCUGUAAGGGAUAAACUGAUACUUCCAGCGUUGGGCUCCAACAGAAUUUACGUUGUAGACACUGGCAAGAAUCCCAGAGCUCCUGAGUUCCAUAAGGUUAUUGAUCCAACUGAGAUGAAAAAGUUGAACUGUGGUACUCCACAUACCGCACAUUGUCUGGCAUCUGGUGAAAUCAUGAUUUCCGUUAUGGGAGAUAAAGAAGACAACGAAAAAUGUGAUUUCGUUCUAAUUGAUGCGAAGACAUACAAAAUGAAAGGGACAUGGAUUAAAGGAAACAAAGCUCCGAGAUUCAACUACGAUUUCUGGUACCAGCCUUAUCAUGACGUCAUGAUUUCAACGGAAUGGGGAACCCCCAGAGUUUUCAAAACGGGUUUCCAUCCAUCUCAUCUCACACCAGAAUAUUAUGGUCAAAGCCUGAAUUUUUUCUCAUGGAGUAAAAGAGAACUUAUCCAAAGCAUCGAUUUGGGUAAGGAUGGUAUAGCACCACUAGAAGUGAGGUUUUUGCAUAAUCCUAAGGAGAGUCAGGGUUACGUGGGGUGCGCAGUGGCAGGUAGCAUCUACAGAUUCUAUCUGCAGGCUGAAGGCAAAUGGGCAGCAGAGAAAGUUAUUCACAUUCCCCCGAAAAAAAUAUUGGGAUCUGAUGGUGAAACUGUGUUGAAUGGAAUGAUCACUGACAUCUUACUAUCACUGGAUGACAAGUUCUUGUACUUUUCUAACUACAUGCAUGGGGAUGUCAGGCAAUACGAUAUCAGUGAUAGGUCACAUCCAAAGCUGACAGGUCAAGUAUUCCUUGGAGGCAAACUCGUCAAUGACCCCUCGGUCAAACUAUUGGAAGACUCAGAACUAAAAGAACCUCCAAAAGCGGCAUACAUUAAAGGGAAACGCUUUUGUGGAUCACCACAGAUGAUCCAGUUGUCUCUUGAUGGCAAGAGGUUGUAUGUCACUAGCAGUAUAUUCUCGCCUUGGGAUAAGCAGUUUUAUCCAGAUUUGGUCGCCAGUGGCACAAAAAUGGCAAAGAUUGACUGUGAUCCAGUGAAUGGUGGAAUGAAGCUGGAUGAAAACUUUUGUGUUGAUUUUGGUGAUGGACCUGAUGGACCGCUACUUGCCCACGAAGUUAGAUAUCCUGGAGGUGACUGUACAUCUGAUAUCUGGCUGGCGAAUGACUGAACGAGACGACGUACACAUAAGUGAAGCUUAAAAUAACCACGAGACCUUUGAUAUGUAAAAUAAAAUGUAUCCUUUUGUUUUAAUAAAAGGUCAGACAUUUAAAUGAG